GCUGAAAAACUCUUCACUGCUAUGCUGAAUGACUUGAUGAUGGACACGGCAUUGCUUGCCCACAAGGAGUGCAGGAAACGACAAGCGAAAGAACAGGCCUGUUCAUCACUUGAGCCACUUCAGGACACUCCCCCUACUGGCGCCGCGCCGGCCUCCGCAUCCUCGAGUCAGACUAUGACAGAUGAUGCUGCUGUUUCUCAGACCAACGGCUCUGCCGUCGGAAUCCAGAAACAGGAUGCCACACUGUUGGAUUGUUUGAACUGCAAGCGACCUAUCGCUUUCAAUCGAUACGCCCCUCAUCUCGCUUCCUGCAUGGGUCUCAACGUCGGCUCGCGGCGUGGCCAACCGAGGAAUGCAUCAAAGCGCGUUGAUUCUGAAGGCACUAGGAGUGCGUCGCCUCAAGUAUUUAGCGAAGAGCGGGAGGCCACACCAUCAGGACCAAAGACAACCAAAAGGAACCGAUCUCCGUCCGAAAUGUCACUGAGAGACACAAAACGACCGAAAACCGAAUCAAGGAGAACGACACCUCAACCGAAAUCAAAUGGCAUCGCCGCUUUGCUGCCAGGCCACUAUGCGAAUUCUGUCCCGAAGGCACCAUCCAAGCUGCGUUCCUCCCCCGUGGCAUCACAGGGUAUAUCUGGCUCUCCAGUUGCAUCUCUGGACAAUGGAUAUGAUUCAGACUACAUGCCUUCGCAACAACAGUCAAUCCUGUCAGACUCGAACAGUGUGUCACAACCCUCUGGCGACAUCUACGAUGAUAAGGAUCCGGAAUAUGUUAUCGAUGUUGACGGGACUGUGGAUACUGAAUCGGAUUCUGAUAGCGGCAGUGAGUGACGGGUGGGACGCGUGC